CAUGGAAAUCCCACUUCCUCUGCUCGAAAAGUUAUCGCUUGUUUCACCGGAAUGGCUCGCGCUCGCUGUGUUUUCCUCGUCUGCGCGGCCCUGUUGCUCUCCCUCGCCAGCGCAUGUCUGCAGUGUGACAAACUGAUUCGAUACCUUUUGGAGGACAUAGCACUGUCUGCUCCGCUGGAAAACCAGAUUCGCCUGAAUACGGUCUUAAAUGGGGCCUAUAAAAUAUAUGAAGACAUCAGCAGACAGUACCAGGGAGUAAUUGAUUUCACCACACUGUACCGUGCACGUACCCAGUUCCAGAGUGAAAUCGCAAAGUACCUGGCAAGCAAUCCAACUGACGAGGAAGAGGUGUUUUUCGCAAUUCGCUUACUUCAGCAGGGAGAAACAAUCCUGAAGAACCAUCUGGAAGAAUUUGUCAGAACAGGUCUUUGUCCAAAUACAUGCGGGGUCUUCAAUCAGAGUGUGAUCAACUGCGCCAGUUGCGGCAACGAGCUGCACCCCUGUGCGUCUCCGGUCGACCAACGUAGUUGUGGCGUGCUGCAACUUGAAGCGGAGCAGGACAGUCAGGUGGUGCUCAACUGUUUCCUGCCCUGGCACAGCCUGGUGGUUGAGGAAAAAGAGUACCACUUCUCCCGGUCUUCAGAUCUCUCCGGGGAAUUUACCGCGUUUCUGGUGACUCCUCAGUCAAAGGUGAUUUUAAACCAGCUUGAAAUGGAUGAGCGGGGAGUGUACCGCUGCCUCCUGCAGGACGGCAGUGGAACCGUUUUGACGGAAAUGUACUACAAUUUGACAGGUGACGGACUUCAGGGAAAAGUAGAUCCCGCCAGAGCGCUGCGUUGAAUUCCUUACUUUCCAAAGAACUGCAUCACUGCAUUAUUAUCAGGCCUUGGCUCCUUUUCUCUCCCUUUUUUCAAUUAGUGAAAGCUUUGCCCCCCACCCCCACCCCCGACGUUCCCACUAUUCCCACCGUUCCUGGUGACGGCCCUUCUUCGGCGCUCUACAGGGAUCUCGUUCAUUCGGCUAUUGCCGCAGUGACUGCCCUCGGUCUAGUGGGCAGCCUUGCCAUCGCCGUUUGCUUUGGGUGAGUGAUUCAUUGAGUCGCAGAGUUAGGAACGAAGAACAUGACGCACAAAGAAAGGAGAAGAGACCCAAUGUAAGAAACUGGAGUUAGGUGUCAUUCUAAGGUACGAGCGUUGGAUAAUGUAGCUCAGUGGCUCCACAGUUUGCUCUGGAGCUCCCAAACUGACCAACCAGUAAAGGCAUCCUUUCAAAAACUUGCAUGUCUUGUAUUUGAGGCACAGGGUUGUUUGCCAGGCAUGAUAUUUCAUACAAUUUCUGCCUCCUAUGGGCUUCUCAUGGGUCGGGCGGGGAUGAUUCCAGGAUUUGUAUCCAACUCUUGGAUUUCACCAUACGUAUGGUACUUUGUUAAGAAAGCUGGAGAGAUGGCUUUUUUUUCUCUCCAGCCCAGUGUCAUAACUUUACUUCAUAAGGGUUUAAAUCUGAGUUUAAAACGGCAGAAGGGUCUCCGCGGGCCCUUUCCCCAGCAUGUCGAAGGGCUUUGACUCAAUCGAGCUGCUCAGUUUUAGAACUGCGCUCCUCCAGUCAAUACCAGCUCCCCUGCAGUGUUACCUGACACGCAGCGAAAGAAGUGAGUUGGCGAGAGUGUGAAUUUGUCAAGUGCGCACAGUCUGCCCCCAGCUUCCUGGCAAGUACGGGCUGCCGCUGUAGUAAACUGAGCAUAGGCGAAUUAGCAACCCCGGUAAAAGUGGGGAGGAAAU